UUGGUUCCGCCCCCUCGCGCGUUGCCAGGGAGAUCAGGUGACUCCGGGCUUCCAGCGCUUGAGGCUCGGGUGACGUCAGGCGCGCCGCUGCGGCUCAGUGGCUCGCGGCAGGUGCGGCGCUGUUAGCGUAGUCGGGUCCAGUCUUCUUCAGUCCAGACCGGGUCAGCCGGCGGCUGCUUCUUGGAGUAGAGAGGUGCAUUGCCAGGUUCCUGAUGAACCCAGAGAACCCUCCACCAUAUCCUGGCCCUGGGCCAACAGCCCCAUACCCACCUUAUCCACAACAACCAAUGGGGCCUAUGGGAGCCCCACCUCCUCAGGGGUACCCCUACCCACCGCCUCAGGGGUACCCCUAUCAAGGAUACCCACAGUACGGCUGGCAGGGUGGACCUCAGGAACCUCCUAAGACCACAGUGUACAUUUUGGAACGGGAAAGGAAGACGAACACGGAUGCCGGGUGUCAGGCAGUCCUGGCCGCAUGCUGGGCCGCGCUUUGCUGCUGCUGCCUCCUAGACAGCUUGGACUGAGUAGCCAAGAUCCAGUUCUCUCGCAGCCGCUGUUCCUGAUGCUGGAAUAAACAACUAGUGUUACACAAGUUUAAUUCUUUUCUUUCUUGGGGAAAAAAAAAAAAAAACACAAAACCUCAUCUGCAGACUUUGAAAGUUUAGCACCUUGACGUAAAUGGGUGUGAAAUAGUAUUUCUCUUUUUCCUUCCAGAUCACCACUGACCUUGAACAAAUACACAUUUAGGAAUGUAUAGUCCCAAAUAUGCAUGCAUAUUUAAGUUUUGUGUGAGCACAUGAGUCUGUGCCAUGACAUACAUGUGGAGGUCAGAGACAACAUUCAGGAGUUUUCUCCAUUCACCAUGUGGAUCCCUAAGAGAUGAACUCCGGUCAUCAGGAUUGGUAGCAUGUGCCUGUACCCACUAUGCCAUCACUUUGGCCCCUUGUAUAUAUUCUUAAGACCAUUUUUUUUCUAUUAAUUUGUCUUUUCCUACUGACUUUUAAAGAAUCCUGGUUUGGUUUUGCAGGGGAAGAGUCUUUCUAUGUAGCUUUGGCUGUCCUGGAACUAACUCUGUAGACC